CAGAGACACAAAAAGCAGCUGUAAAAGGCGAAAGGAAGUUGUGAAAGAUGUUGCACCACAGAAUUGCACAAUAAGCUGAUUUCUUUACUUUGGAAGAUUCUCACCCCGAUUAUACUGGGAGAGAUUGCGGUUCUGACCAGAUGGAAUUACCUCCUCGACCAACUCUGUUUGACUUCCAUGGCGUCUCCAUGACCAGAUACUUCACAGACAACUGGGACAAUAUUCAGAGCUUUGAGGCGAGGCCGGAUGAUAUUCUAAUAGCAACUUACCCUAAAGCAGGAACCACCUGGGUUUCUUACAUCCUGGAUCUUCUCUACUUUGGGGACACAGUUUCCAACUCUCGUUCUUCUGUUCCUCUGCAUGAGAAAAUUCCUUUCCUGGAGAUCUGUGUACCUCAUCGACCCACAGGUAAAGAUUUGGCAGACCAGCUCCCUACUUCUCCACGUCUCAUUAAAACACACCUACCAGUUCAGUUUGUGCCUAAAUCCUUCUGGGAGCAGCGCAGUAGGAUUGUAUAUGUGGCACGUAAUGCAAAAGACAGUGCAGUUUCCUAUUUUCAUUUUGGACGCAUGAAUCAUAUCCAGCCAGAACCAGGGGAAAACAAAGACUCCAGAAAAGAAAUCAACAGACUGUGCUCGUUUCUGGGCUUGUCUCCGACAGCUCAGCAGAGGGAACAUGUCAGAUCUAAGGUGACAUUUGAAACUAUGAAAGAAAACAAAAUAACCAACUACUCCACUGUCCCAACGAUGAACCACAGUGUAUGUCCUUUCAUGAGGAAAGGAACUGUAGGAGACUGGAAGAACCAUUUCACCGUAUCCCAGAAUGAACAGUUUGACGAAGACUACAAGAACAAAAUGAAGAACACUGCUCUGUUCUUUCGAACUGAAAUAUAAGGAUCCUGUGUUAUGUCACAAAACAUCUCAACUGGAAGAAAAUCAAAGGAUCAAAUCUCACCUGUGACAUUUCUGUGUAGUUUGGACAUUUUUUUAUGUAUAUGCUUUGGUUUACUUUUACAUUCUAAAAAAACAUGAGGGCUUUUUAAAUACUGUAAAUAGCUCCAUUGUAUGAAAGGCAUGGUUAUCUCAACUGAUUGUCUCUAGUUUGACCCUGUGAAGAACUGAUCUCUUCAUUUAAUGACUGUCGACUGUCCAGGCCUGGAAGGGAUAAUGUUUGUCCAGAAGAGGUUGUUUAAAAGACAUGAAACACAAUUAACCAGUGGAAAACAUUGCUGUGUGACGAAUGUAAACCAUUUAAAAUGUGGAAUAACAUGCCUUUCAAUGUCCCCUAAUGUGAAGUAGAUAUCAUAAUAAUAAGACGAAUAAUUACUACUGUUUUUACAAAGAGAGGCUUAACUGUCAUGUCUUGGUUUGUAGGAGGGCCCUGAGUACAGAGGCUAAACUGAAAAAACAGUGUUCUUUAAUAAAACAUAAUAAAAAGACAAAAGAAUCUGGGAGAAACUACUGGGGCAGAUGUGGAGAAAUGACACAUAAACCAAAAGGAAACUUAAGAAGCAGAGAUAGAAAGACAACCCAUGGGGUAAUCCCAGAUCUAAGAUAAAAAUAAAAUCCAAAUGUACAAAGAACAGAACACAAAAGUAAACUUAAGAAGCUAACAGAAAAAAAAAAAAAAAACUGG